CUCUAAGGGGAAAAGGGAAGAUGGCGGGGCUGUGCGGGAGCGCCGUGCGCACGCGCGAGCCCGAGCGUGCGCUUGUGCGGGCACGCGCAUGCGCGCGCUCCUGCGUUUAGGAAGCCGGUGUGUUGGGAGAUGAGCCGGGUAGCCCCUGUCCUUAGCGUGUGGUCCCAGACUCUGGCUGCGCGCCGGCUCCCCACCCACCCUCGGCUGCCGUCUGCCUCAGCCUCCGUCCGUUCAUCACUGCAGGACCGGGCACGAAAGUAAGCGAACCCCGAUGCCCAGGGCUUCCCUGUCCGCUCACCUUGUCCGCCCCCCCCCCACCUUGCAGCCAGGUAAAAACAAAAUGAAGGUUUUUUCUGAAUCUCACAAAACAGUCUUUGUUGUGGAUCACUGCCCGUACAUGGCGGAGUCGUGCCGGCAGCACGUGGAGUUUGACAUGCUGGUAAAGAACAGGGCCCAAGGGGUCAUCCCUUUGGCUCCCAUCUCCAAGUCCCUGUGGACUUGCUCCGUCGAAUCUUCCAUGGAAUAUUGUAGAAUAAUGUAUGACAUCUUCCCUUUCAGAAAGCUGGUGAAUUUCAUUGUGAGUGACUCAGGAGCACAUGUUUUAAAUUCUUGGACUCAAGAAGACCAAAACUUACAGGAGCUGAUGGCAGCACUAGCCACUGUGGGGCCUCCUAACCCUCGGGCAGAUCCCGAGUGCUGCAGCAUUCUGCAUGGACUUGUUGCUGCAGUGGAGACCCUUUGCAAAAUUACCGAAUAUCAACACGAGGCUCGCACUUUACUCAUGGAGAAUGCAGAAAGAGUUGGGAAUAGAGGACGGAUAAUCUGCAUUACAAAUGCAAAAAGUGAUAGUCACGUGCGGAUGCUUGAAGACUGUGUCCAGGAAACAAUUCAUGAGCACAACAAGCUCGCUGCAAACUCAGAUCAUCUCAUGCAGAUUCAAAAAUGUGAGUUGGUAUUGAUCCAUACCUACCCCGUUGGUGAAGACAGUCUUGUUUCUGAUCGUCCUAAAAAAGAGCUGUCCCCGGUUUUGACCAGUGAAGUCCACAGUGUCCGAGCUGGGCGGCAUCUUGCUACCAAGUUGAAUGUUCUAGUGCAGCAACAUUUUGACUUGGCGUCCACGACCAUCACUAACAUUCCUAUGAAGGAGGAGCAGCACGCCAACACCUCCGCCAACUACGAUGUGGAGCUGCUUCACCACAAGGGUGCGCACGUGGAUUUCCUGAGAAGUGGUGACGGCCACUCAGGCAGCAGCAGUAGAGAAGGCCCAUUUAAAGAGACAGUGACCCUGAAGUGGUGCACACCCAGGACCAACAGCAUUGAAUUACACUACUGCACCGGAGCUUACCGCAUCUCCCCUGUAGAUGUGAACAGCAGACCUUCUUCCUGCCUCACUAAUUUUCUCCUCAAUGGUCGGUCUGUAUUGUUGGAACAGCCACGAAAGUCAGGUUCUAAAGUCGUCAGCCACAUGCUUAGCAGCCACGGAGGAGAGAUCUUUUUGCAUGUCCUUAGCAGUUCUCGGUCCAUUCUAGAAGAUCCGCCUUCAAUUAGUGAAGGCUGUGGAGGAAGAGUCACAGACUACCGGAUUACAGAUUUUGGUGAAUUUAUGAGGGAAAACAGGUUAACUCCUUUUCUAGACCCCAGAUAUAAAAUCGAUGCAAGUCUAGAGAUCCCGUUGGAACGUGCAAAGGAUCAGUUAGAAAAGCACACCCGCUACUGGCCCAUGAUUAUCUCGCAAACCACCAUUUUCAACAUGCAAGCGGUAGUUCCAUUAGCCAGUGUUAUUGUGAAAGAGUCUUUGACAGAAGAGGAUGUGUUAAACUGUCAAAAAACUAUAUACAACUUAGUUGACAUGGAACGGAAAAAUGAUCCUCUUCCUAUUUCUACAGUUGGUACCCGAGGAAAGGGCCCUAAAAGAGAUGAACAGUACCGUAUCAUGUGGAAUGAGCUAGAGACUCUGGUCAGAGCCCAUAUCAACAACUCUGAGAAGCACCAGAAAGUCCUGGAGUGUCUGACGGCGUGUCGCAGCAAACCCCCAGAAGAGGAGGAGCGGAAGAAGCGAGGGAGGAAGAGGGAGGACAGAGAGGACAAGUCAGAGCAAGCAGUGAAGGAGCACGGGCCAGACAGGCCCCGGGCAGACCCUGACAGACUGAAAGGGAUUUUAGAACGAGGGAAAGAAGAGCUGUCUGAAGCAGAGGUCAUAAAGGACUCACCUGACUCCCCAGAACCUCCAAACAAAAAGCCCCUUGUUGAAACGGACGAGACGCCACACAUGGAAAAGUCUAAAGGGCCAGUGUCCUUACUGUCCUUGUGGAGUAACAGGAUCAACACUGCCAACUCCAGGAAGCACCAGGAGUUUGCCGGGCGUUUGAACUCUGUCAAUAACAGAGCUGAGCUAUACCAACACCUUAAGGAGGAGAAUGGUGAGGAGGUUGGACUGGCUGGAGGACCCCGAACUUCAAUCCCUUUCUUAAAGUGCUCACAUUCUCCUGUUGUGAAUAGGAUGGAGACAACAGAAAAUGGAAAAGCCAGCCGCCAGUGAAGAAUGACUGGGGAAACUAAGCUUAGUUAUUGCAAAAAAAAUAUUUUGGGCAGAAUUUGAUAUAAGUACUUUUACAGCAAGAUUGUAUAGCUAUGUUGCCUGGACUGGUUUUUACAUUUUUAAAGAAUUUCAACAAAUUAUCUUUUUGUACUAAUUCUAAGAUUGGCAGAGUCAAAAUAUAUACAUUUGAGAUUUGUCCUCCCAAAUCACACAGUUUAUUUUACGGUAAAAGGUGUUCCCUCUGGAAAUGUUUUUUAUAAAAAAAAAAAAAGAAAUCUUAGGCUUCUCUUUGCCAAAUAAAACUACUAAAUGUAUGAAAUGCAAAGUAUUGGACUGUUACUUUUUAAAAAGAUAUUUGGGGCUGGAGAGAUGGCUCAGAGGUUAAGAGCACUGCCUGCUCUUCCAGAGGUCCUGAGUUCAAUUCCCAGCAAC